CGACUUAUUUGGAUUGAGUACGUUUAGAAAGUUUAAAAAAUAUAUAAUUCAAUUAUGAAAUUGAGAGCCAAUGUUAUAAUGAAAGACAAAGUUACCCACCCAGUCCGACUGUAACGUCACUGUUCAAUACUUUCAAGAGGCAAGAAAAAUCUUUGAACCUUUGACGAGCGAUAUUAAAACUGAAAUUCGCUGACGUAUGAGUUAGCCAUUAGUCAGCGGCGGCAACGAUAAGGCGAUUACCAUGACGCAUAGCCUUAUCAAACUACCGCUCUGAUGGUGACUUCAGGUGUUUUCGGAUCGAUUCAAGACCCAGAUCGUUGUAUAAGGCGUGAGUGUUGCAUUAUCUCAGCAGUAAUCCUCGAAGAAAUUUGUUCCAAAUGUUGAAAUCAGUUGUGUUUUUAUUGAGGUGUAAUAGUAAUAGAAUCAUUCGCGAUCAAGUAAGGUAUGCUUCACAAGCACUACCACAACUUUCUUCGGAAAAAUACAACGUUAAGAGGAAACAAUUUGGAACGGUUCAAGAGUCUGAUAUAAAUUACUUUAAAUCGAUACUCAGCGAAGAAAGAGUGUUAACUGACGAAAAUGAUGUUUUGCCAUUUAAUAUCGACUGGAUUAAAAAUUGCCGAGGGCAGUCAAAAGUUGUUUUAAAACCCAGAAGCACAGAGGAGGUUUCGAAAAUUGUCAAGUAUUGUAAUGACAAACAUUUGGCGGUAUGUCCGCAAGGCGGGAACACUGGACUGGUGGGAGGCUCAGUGCCGGUCUUCGAUGAAGUCGUUCUUUGUCUUGGUCUUCUGAACAAAAUAAUAAGUUUGGAUGAAAUAUCUGGUGUUCUCAUUUGUGAAGCGGGAUGCAUCCUUGAAAGCUUAGAUACAUGUGUCCGUGAGCGCAAUCUAAUAAUGCCACUGGACUUAGGGGCAAAAGGUACUUGUCAAAUUGGUGGUAAUGCCAGCACCAAUGCAGGAGGUCUGAGACUUCUCCGAUACGGAAACUUACAUGGUUCUAUACUAGGCAUUGAAGCGGUAAAAGCUGAUGGCACCGUGAUCGAUUGUCUCACUACAAUGAAGAAAGACAACACAGGAUACCAUUUAAAACAUUUGUUUAUCGGAUCUGAGGGUACUCUAGGAAUCGUCACUAAAGUUUCCAUUAAUUGCCCGGUUUUACCUAAAGCGGUCACGGUGGGAUUCUUCGGGGUUAAAGAUUUUCAAAGCGUCCUCAAACUGUACAAAAGCGCAAAACUUUCUUUAGGCGAAAUAUUGUCAGCAUUUGAGAUGGCCGAUUUCAAUGCGAUCAAUUCAUCAGUUACGAAUCUCAAUUUACCGAACCCCAUAGACGAAUAUCCCUUCUACGUGCUGGUCGAAACUCACGGUAGCGAUGAAGGUCACGACGCCGAAAAAUUAAAUCGAUUCCUUGAUAAAGAAAUGGAAAGUGGACUAAUUAUCGACGGUACUGUAACAUCCGAACCCGCCAAAAUGCAGACCAUCUGGAACCUUCGAGAGAGUAUAGCCGGCUCGAGUCUAACCCGAGGCUACGUUUUUAAAUACGACGUGUCUAUACCACUCGGAAAUUAUUAUGAUUUAGUUCCAAUGCUACGAAAGAAACUGGGCAAUAAGGCCCUCGAUGUAUACGGAUAUGGACAUAUAGGGGAUAGCAAUAUUCAUAUAAACAUCGUAGUACCGGAAUAUACGAAAGAAAUAGGCUCUCAAAUAGAACCUUAUGUGUUUGAAGAAGUGAGCAAAUUGAACGGGUCGAUUAGCGCAGAGCACGGCGUCGGUUUUCGCAAGCCACAGUACAUUCAUUACAGUAAAAAUGAAUCUGCCCUUGAUCUCAUGAGGGAACUGAAGACGCUUAUGGACCCGAAGGGAAUAUUGAACCCAUAUAAAGUUCUACCUGAGAAAUAACUGAAUGCAAUCCUUAUUUAUUUGUGUAAAUAUAUACAUACGUAUUUGUUUUAAAAAUA